GAGAAAGGCCGAGCUAGCGAGUGAUCUGAAGACUGAAAAGCGGAGACCGGAGUCUGGACAAAGAUUGAGAAUAAUAUAUAAAAACUAUUUGGAAUUUCAUAAUUUUUAUGUAAAAUUUGCAUAAAGGUAAGCCUGAAUAAGAGAAGUAAGGUGUGGAAAUCAUCUUUAUUGAGUUUGUUAGAAUAAUUUUAUAAGUUGUAGUUAGAGGUAUCAACUCUUAGAUGAAUAGCACGAAUACGAACGGAUGGGACUGUAGUAAAUUUUCAGUCAACGUGAUGAUGAAAUGAAUCAUUGAUAUUGAAUGUUAUUUAAAGUUACGGCUUAACUAAACUUUUCUGAAAGAAGUUCGGCAAUGCCAGAAGUUCGACCUUAUUCUGAAAUAAGUCACCUCUCUUCUCGUGUGUGUGCGCUUGUAUUUGUAAUUGUAAUGGGAGAGGAAAGGAGUCGCCGCCGCCGCUGAUGAAAAUUGAAAUAAACGGCAGUGAAUGGAGUGAUGACUUAAACCAGGUCCAGAUCCAGGAUAAUGUCAGAAGUUCUUUGAUUGUUGCAAAAAAAGAAUCCUAGCGAGAGAUGGCUGAAAAAGAUAGUCGUGAACAGAAAGAUGCAGGAAGCAAGCGAGACGAGUCCCCAUCUCCCCUCCAAAUACCUGCUAUUACAGGAGAAGAGAAGGAUGUAUCCACUGCUGCCCAUAGCCACUUUGAGGCAGGAAACUAUAAUGGCUGUGUGGAACAGGUCCGUAAACUGGCCAACAUGCGUCCCACGGAUCCUAAGGUGCAGCAUAACCUUGCAGUAGCACUCUUCUACCAGUCGGGUUGUAGGAAGGUGGAUGAGUACAGACGUAGCCUGGGCAACGUUUGCAGCCAGGUUCAUGUGGAUCUUGAACAGAUUGAAUCCUUGGAGGAUGCUGAUCAGGCCAUCUUCUUCUUCAACAAUGCUGUGCUACUCCAUCAUCUCCGACAGCAUCACCAAGCUAUCCGUGUCUUGGAGAAACUCUUCCAGGUCAUUGAGCCAUUGGAAGAGUGGUUGGCGGUGCGUAUCUUGCUCCUUCUGAUUGAGAGCUACCUUAUUACUCAUCAGCCUGACAAGGCCCUGGCAACCCUGGUCUACCUUGAGAAAUUAAUGCAGACUAGUGAGGCAAAGAAAGAGGCUGCAGAAAAGGGAAAAGACAGCAGCAAAGAUGAGGAGCAUAGACCUGUCGAUACUGAGAAAGUAAAGGCCAAAAUACAUCAGUUCAAAACAAAGUGCUAUCUUCAACUGAAACAUCUCAAGUUCUGUAAGAGGGAAAUCAAGUCUGUCAAGACUGUCAUGAACUCAAAUGGAGCACAGCAGUCCCCCAUCACGCUCUUCCUGAAGGCUAACUUUGAGUUUGAGCGGCAGAACAACCGCAAGGCCAUCAAGCUCCUGAACAGCUCUCCCGAGGGUCUGGACUAUAACCAGAUGGGCCAGUGCAUCCCUGUCAUGUACUACAACAACCUCGUCGCGAUCCACUAUGCCAUGCUUAAGUACCACCUGGGUGCCCACUACGCCAGGAGAGCCCUGCAGGAGAAUGCCUCGGCCAUCAAGGAGCUACCGAAGAAGUCUGGUCGUACAAUCCAGACUCUUGGUAUGAAUCACCAUCAUGAACUCCUCUACAACACGGGCAUCGUUCUUCUACAUGCAGGGCGCCCUCUGGCAGCCUUUGACUGUCUGGUGGAAGCCGUCCAGGUCUUCCCUACCAACCCAAGGCUCUGGUUACGACUGGCCGAGUGCUGCAUCGCUGCCAACAAGACGGCGGGAGAAGGAGAGACUAAGGGUGGCAGCAAGCAGGGUAUUAUCCACAGUACCGUGGGAACGGGAUCGCAUCGCAAGUUCAUCCUCUCUCCGGGGGGUCUGGACACCAACUAUGGGUCUGAUAUCCAGCCAGCAGCCAUGCCUGUAGCUUCCCUAGAGUUUGCUUCUCUGUGCCUGAGUAACGCCCUUUCCCUUCUGCCAGAGAAACCGGGAAGUCUACCGACCACGCCUGUCUCGUCACAGAACAGUGUCGGUAGUGAGGCAUCUGACACCGCAAGUAAGCAGACCGGCCCUGCCUCCGUCCCGGCCCCGCCCGGCCCGUCUCUUAAACCCACCGAGGUUUCCAGUCUACGCUGUUCGGUGAUGGCUGCCACUGCCUACGUCAGUCUGUCGCUUGGUGAUGAUGUCACGGCACUGGAGAAUGCCAGGACAUUGAUGGCUCAACCCAAGAUCUCUGGCUCACAACAAUUCCUGGCCCGUAUGUAUGCUGCCGAGGCUCUGCUGAAGCAUGAUCAGAUAGGAGAGGCAAUCCAAUUGUUGAACCCUGAGAGUGUAUGUGAUGUAUCUGUUCUGAUCACACCCACCCCAGACUUUGGGGAGAACAAGGAUCGAGACCGGAACGAGAAGAGCAAUAACCACGAAGGUGGAAGUGGUGGAGGAGGAGGGGGUAAUAACAACGCAGGAGACCCUAACGAGGGGGCGGAACCUCGUAAGGUCAUCCAUCAGUACUACCCAGCGUCUAUCCAGGUUGCCAGGGCUCACAUGUUCUUUAACCUGGCUACCACACAUGUGCUCAGGAGCGAGUGGGACAAGACACGGAGGUGUCUUCAACAGGGUUGUAGCAUGGUACCAGUCCCUGACAUUCCCAAGCAAGCCCUCUAUACUGCUAUCUACCUGGAGUUACAUACUGGAAACUACUCUAUGGCACUUCAGAUGGUCAAGAAGCAGCAGAUGAUCCCGUACAUCAAGAUCACACCUGUUCCUUUCAUUGAACCGAUCAAUAAACCUCCACCAGCUUCCAGCAGCACCCCAUCAAGCUUCCCCGCCCCCAUAGGGCCACCCACUACCUCCCGGCCCUCGGGGUUCGGUCUCCCCACCCCGAUAGGUGGGGGCAAACCCAGUGCCAACACUUGGAGAUGAACUGGCCAUUUUUCUCCCAUCGUCAAGGGCUCUACAAUAGUUGCCCUGUAAUAAUUAUUCUAUUAACAAUUUCUAUUUUCUUUAUCGUCUACAUUCUAUCUGCAGUUGACGCUUCUAUUUUUGUGUUUUCAAUUUAUUGCAAAUUAUAUAUACCUCUGUGACUUGCUUGCAUCUUAAGCUUAUAUAUUAUCUGGAAAUUAAUCUGGAAAUAUAUUACCAUGAAUUAUUGUUGAUUUCUGCUGCUAAAGCCCCGUGUUCUUAUACAGUGUUUAGAAACCUCUGAUAAAAGCUGUAACAAAACAAAGUCAGUUUAGUACUACCGCACCUGGCGUUCAUUUAGUGCUGUGAUCAAGAUUCUUAACCUUAAAGCAACAAUUAUUCCACAUUUUGGGGGUUAGGCUAAUUCACUUUUCAUCCUCAUUUAUCCAAAAGAAAGACACAUUCAGGAACAGAGUGAAAAAAUAGACUCUUCUACCUGAUAUCCUCAAGACUUAAGCAAGAAUGAAUUGGAUUCUGUACAAACUCGUUGUGAUAUUGUUACCACAAAUGGCAUUUAUCUUUUAAGUAAUAGUAAAAAUUAUAAUAGUGGUUACUUGUUACAAAUGACUGCACAGGUCCACUUUUCAGUGCUCAUGGUGCUACAAGAAAGCUUAUGUACCCACAAGCAAUGAUUGAAGAAGAAUAGAAAUAGGAAUAGAAAUUUAUGCACCAUGAUUGGGUACUAAAUGAAGUCCUGACCAUAAGUAUACAGACAAAAGUUUCAAUUAAUGAAAGCCAUUUCAAACUUUUAGUUUCACAAGGGUGCCAGUUUACAGGUCAAAGCCUUAAUUCAGGAUCUUGUUAAUUCUAUUUUCAAUCAUUUCACGUGGCUUAUUCUCGGUAAUUAUUAAGUAUCUCUGAUUGAUUCCCAUAGGAAUUUUUAGUACAAAUAUGUGGCAUUAUUCUAUUUGCACCCCUGUCACUAUAAAUACAUCUUGUAGUGCAAAACUUGAUUUUGCAAUAGAACUAACUUUAUAUCUUUAGGGGAAAAUGUGAGUAUAAAUAUAUAUAUAUGCUAAUUACAUCUGAUGAAAAAUGAUUUUUCCCUUCCAUUGUAGUAUGGGAAAAAUUUUACUACUUUUUGAAAUGGCAUAAUGCGUGUGCAACUGCAUUAUACAUUUACAAAUAAAAUACUGUCCAAAGUAAAUUAA